AUGGCCCAAGAAAACCGCUUCGAUAUCUCUAAGCCCCGCUUCGACCUCGAGACAUACUCUGGACGGCUGCGUUAUUUCUACUCGACGACUUCUCCGCUCACGCUUCUGGCAUCGUCAGCCAAGCUCGAGCAAGCCCAGCACGAUGUCAAGCGGUACGAAGGGUUGAUCAAAGAAAGAGGGAGGGAGGGGUACUGGGUAGGCGAGAAGGAGCGGGACGAAUACUGGAAGGCGAAGCAGUUAACGAACUCGAGUCUGCACCCGGAUACGGGCAAGCCGGUUCCUUUGCCGUUCAGGAUGUCCGCGUUCGUGCCGACCAACCUGAUAAUAUGCGCUGGAAUGCUCAUGCCGAACGCCUCCCUCCGCUCGGUCAUCUUCUGGCAAUGGGCAAAUCAGACGCUCAAUGUUGCUGUCAAUUACAGCAAUGCCAACAAGUCGAUCGUGAUGACGCCUCAAGAGGUCGGGACGGCCUAUCUGGCUGCGACGUUCACUUCCGUCUUCCUUGCUGUCUCGCUCACAAGGCUGGUACCUCGUCUGCCAGUUUCGCUCGGAACAAAACAGAUCCUCUCCCGUCUGGUCCCCUUCGCUUCAGUAGCGAGUGCAGGUGUGGUCAACAUCUCAUGUAUAAGGUGGAAGGAGAUGCGUGACGGCGUGGAAGUGUACAAGCUACGACGGAACACCGAAUCUGGGCAGGAGGAGAAGGCGGUUUUGGGCAAGAGCGCAAAGGCGGGUCAGAUGGCCGUUGGGCAGAGUGCGGCUAGCAGGGUGUUUACCAAUGUGCCGACUCUCAUCAUCCCACCACUGGUCAUGACCCUCUUGGAAAAGCGGAAUGCAUUCGGCGGACCCCGUGGUAAGGCUAUGGCGAGCCUGACCAACCUGACUCUCAUCGGUUUAUCACUCGGUCUCUUCCUCCCUCCUGCGAUCGCAUACUACCCUCAACGCGCAGAAACAGAUCCUGUCAAGCUGGAGGAUCGGUUCAAGCGGGAAUCGGCGCCGGUGUAUUUCAACAAGGGGCUGUGA